AUGUCCGGGCUCCUCGUCGUUAUCGGUGCAACAGGGGGUCAAGGGAAGUCUGUUGUGGAAGAGGCCCUUAAAAGAGGCACUUUUCAGAAAAUUCGAGGAACGACACGGAAUGCCUCGAGUCCGAACGCUCAACAGCUCAUCUCGCUCGGGGUUGAGAUGUGCGAGGCUGACAUGAACGAUGAGCAGUCCCUCGUGAGAGCAUUCCAAGGGGCGACUAAUGUCUUUGCUAUGACAGACUUCUACGAAUCAUUUCGAAAAACGGACCCUUGGAGAGCAAUGAAUCUCGAGUAUCAGCAUGGUAUCAAUCUUGCAAACGCUGCAGCCCAAACACCCACACUUCGACACUACGUCUGGAGCACACUCCCGUCCGCGCAAAGGAUUACAAAGAAGAAGAUAUUCGUCGCUCAUUUCGAGGCAAAAGCCCGGGUGGACGACUACAUGAAAUCGACUCACCCAGAGCUUUGCAAGAAAACGACCUUUUUGUGGCUGGGAUUUUUCAACAUUAACUUUCUGAGACCGACAUUUGCACCCGUGUACAGUAAGGUCUUGAACAAGUACGUGCUCCUGCUUCCCACACCCCCGACUACGCUCUUUGCAAUGUUGAGCGACCACACUAUCAAUAUUGGCAAAUAUGUUGCAGGUAUCUUCGACCGUCCCUCACAUAGUCUACCUGGCAAGUACGUCAUUGGGGCGGUGGAGACCCUACCGAUAGCAGACUUUACCAAAAAAUGGGGCGCCGCUGUGGGCAAAGAGAUCUCCUUCGCACAGGUGACCCCGGAACAUUACAGCAGCCUUUUCCCUGGUUACGGUGCGGAAAUGCACACCAUGUUACAAUUCUGGUCCGAAUAUGGCGAACAAGCCUGGUCGGGAGAAGACCUCGUCACGGCAGAGACUCUGGGCAUCAAGGAUGAGCUUGUAAGACUGGAACAAGCGCUCCAAGCGAUGGAUUGGGACUGGAUCGUAUAG